AUGCCAGAGGAAUUUGUGCCCGCGUGGAAAAAGCUCGGACUUAAAGUCAAACAGACUGAUCCACUCGCCGUUGGAAUAGUUGGUACUGAACAAAACGAAAACGUCAAGCGAAAAAGAAAGGAGCCAAAACAAGAAACGGAUGCUAAUGCUGAAAAGGGCCCCAAGAAGCCGCCAAAGAGGGUUAAAUUGCCAAAGAAUGAGCGACCACCUCCUCCAGAGGCAGAUCAACUAGCUUAUUUACGCCAGUAUCACGAGGAUAAAGAAAAUUGGAAGUUUUCGAAACAGAAACAAAACUGGAUUUUGAAAAACUUGUACACAAUUGAAGAAUCCUAUGCUGAAGCUUUGGAUUCAUAUGUAGACGGAUUAGUUGGUGGAGCCAGAGAUCGUGUUGUUGAGGAAGCCAGAAAAGUAAUAUCUGAGUGGAAUGAAUUCAUGACGAAAGAGGACGAAGAGGAGAAAGAGAAGGAAGAGUCAACUUCAAAGGAAGUCGCUGAAAAAGAGGAAAAAAUUGAAGAGUCAAAUGCCGAAUCAUCGAAAAGUGAAACCUCAGAGAACUCGAAGCCAAAAUCUAAGACCCAGGAACCCCCACAGCCUGUGGCACCUAGUGAGUCAAAAGCAAUUAAAGCAAGGCAUUUUCUGGAACUGCUUGUGGGCGAAAAACCAAAACUGGAGUUCAUAGAUUGA